UACUCAGUGCACUUCGUUCAGAACUGCACGUCUGACUUGGCUUGUCAAUCGCGCUGCAGUAGUUGCAUUAUGACACUCACAAUGAACAAAAUAACUCAGUUACGAAGCGCCUUUCGGAAAGCGGCUUUUCUCACAGAGCGCUUUCUCUCUUUGAAAAAGCGACCUGCGCCCAGGGCAUCAAUAUCCACUGGACCACAGCAGCAACACGAAACCUUUUAUGAGUUCCGCACCUAUUCAAUCCAGCCUCAUCUCAAUACUGCCUUCCUCAAACUGACCAAUGAGAAGAUCCACCUGCGGACUGCCCACUCAGAGCUUAUUGGCUACUGGACUGUGGAAUAUGGGGGUCUCAAUCAGGUUUUCCACAUCUGGAAGUAUGACAGCUACGCCCAGCGGGCAUCUGUGCGGGCAUCCUUGGCUCAGGACCCUUGCUGGAUUGAGCAGUACAUCUCUAAAGCAAUGCCAAUGCUGAGCUCUCAGGAUAAUGAAGUCACAUACCUCGUACCCUGGAGUAAAAUUCAGAAGCCACCCAAAGAGGGAGGAGUGUUUGAGCUGGCCACCUUCCAGAUGAAGCCGGGUGGCCCGGCGGUGUGGGGUGCGGCGUUUCAGGCGGCAGUGGGGACCCACACAGGAUCAGGGUACACUCAUUCAGUGGGGGUUUUUCACUCUGAAUUUGGACAGCUCAAUCAAGUGCAUGUUUUAUGGUGGUACAAGAGUGCAGACGAGCGAGCAGCGAUUCGGCAUAAAUCUCAUGGAGAUGUCAGAGUGGUUGCAGCAGUAAGGGAAAGUGCUGCAUACCUGGUGUCACAGAAGAAUAAACUCAUGUUCCCCUGUGCUUUCUCACCCAUCAAAUAGCUUGACUUCCUAGUUGAAAGUCCAAAAUGGAGAGAUGUGGAGUGAGGUUACAUUAAUGCAGUAAAAGAGAUCAAACUAUGAACUUUGUCUGAACAUAUUUAAUUCUGAGAAGUUCCAGCUGCAUUUUGCAGAUGGAUGUGUUACUGAAGAAAAUAUUCAGUUGAUAGUCAGUUAAACAGUGACACUUUGCUUCAUGUCAGUUAAGUAUCACUUUGUCACUUUAUUCAUGAUAUUUUGUAGGUUUUAUUCAUUAGGCCUGUAUUAUGUGUUGAGGGUAAUUAACUCGCCUGAAGGUUGAUCAAUAAAUGAUGACAAAAAAAUAUAUUUUCCUUGAAGGGACUUCCAACAUAACCUCAAACUAUUCCAGAAAUGAUUCUAUCAAUGUUCUGUGCAACACGUCAUGUCAUCUCUUUUCUUCAAUAAAUUCUUACAUGCUAAUGAAA